AUGUCUACCGACGACGAACGUGUUCACGAAGAAGGUAUGGAAGAGGAACGCGAUAGCGCAUCGUGCUCUUCUUCUGAUGAUGACUAUGACGAUGAGUACGACAACACUUCCAUUAUCCAGCGCGAAAACGAAACGUCAUCGAGAAAGUCAACGACAACGACUACAACGGGGCUUCCUUCCGUUUUCGAAGAAGAAGAAGAAGAAGAAGAAGAAGAAGAAGAAGAAGAAAAAAAGAGUAAAGAUUUCCACAGAGGAUCGAGAAAGAAGAAAGCGUCAUCAUCAUCACCGUUAUCAACAUCAUCUAUUCUAGAAGAAGAGUUGCAUCGGGCGAGAAGAGAGAUAUCCGAGUUGACUCGCGCGAACGAAACGAUGGAAAACGAAAACGCCGAGUUGCUGAUAUUUUUAGAAAAUUUCAGGAAGGAGAUGGAGAACGAGAGAAAAAAGGUAUCGCAGGCAAAGGAGGAGAUUGAUCAACUCACGAGCGCGUUAGAAAGUUCGAAAGAGAGCAUUCAGAUACUCUCAUCCGACCGCGAACAGUUAUCCGAUCAGUUAGAACAAGCAUCAAAGAAGCUACGCGUCGCGAAUCGCCACGUGUCGAUAUCGAAAGAAAAAGAAGCGACGCUCGCGAGCCGAAACGAAGAGGUGAGGAAACUCGCCAACCGAAUAGAUUCCCUUCUUACGGAUGGGUACGUAGCCGUCGCGCACGAUACUACGAACAACAUUACCAAGAAAAAGAAAAAGGUCACUGGAAGUUCCAGCAUGAAAAGUGGCAUCACCGCUGUCAAUUUCACCACUUCUCUACACAACAAAAACGAUGAUAUUGGCGGCGGAAGUGCGAGCAGUUACGCGACUAUGUAUUCGCUGUCGAAAUAA